CGCAUAAUCGCCCAGGUGACGUCAGUGGCCGAGGGGUGUCCGUUUUCUCCAGCGCGAGGGAACUGCGAUGCCCUCUGACUUCAUCUCCCUCUUCAGCGGGGACCUCGACCUGACUUCUCCCAGAUCCCUGUACUCCAAAGAAUCAGUGUAUGACCUUCUUCCCAGAGAGCUGCAGUUGCCUUCCUCCACUCAGCAGAACCCAAACGCCAUGAGUCAAAAGAGUGGCGGAGAGGCAGGGCCUCCCCCUUCAGCUCCUCUAGCAUCAGAUGCCAUGCCCUCUUCUAUGACCAUGGAAGGCCCCCGCAGUGCUCUUUCCACCUCUUCCAGCUCCACCAUGCAUUCCAGUACUUCAGUCAGUGACCAGAACCCAGUUCACAGUAACAAUGUUGACCCAGAGGAUGCCAGGAGUAGCAGAGCGGUACCAGAGGUUGUGGGAGCAGAAAACGGGAAUGGUAACAGCAGCAGUGGUGGUAACUGCAGGGGGAGCAGUGAACUAGGGGGUGGAAGAGGUGCGACAUCCCAGGAAGCCCUCCCACAUCACCAGAUGACCCCAUCUAAGCGCCGCACCAUACUGAACAUCUCUCCACCUCCACAAGACUUGUUUGAUGACAGCCGUAUGUCCUGCCAGGAUGAAACAUCCCUGGACUCUGAGCAGAGUAACAGCAUCUGGAUGGAUGACUCUCUCUCCAACUUCAGUGUCAUGAGUGCUGUGUCUUACAACGACAACACAGAGGUACCAAGAAAGUCCCGUAAACGUACCCCUCGACAGAGGCCUGGACCCAAGUCCGUGCCUGCACAGGGAGCCAGCAUGGACGUGUUUGAUGCCGACAGCGCCAAAGGCCCACACUUUGUCCUGUCACAGUUAGGCCCUGACAACAAGACCGGAUCUAAAGGAAGCUCUGAUGAUCCUCAGACAACUAACCAAAAAGGGGGAACUCUUUCGAUGCAAUACCCACAGAAGAGUGAGGGGAAGGAACUGAAGAUCCUUGUCCAGCCUGAGACUCAGCACCGAGCCCGCUAUCUGACUGAAGGCAGCAGAGGGUCAGUGAAGGACCGUACGCAGCAGGGCUUCCCGACUGUGAAGCUGGAGGGGGCAAACGAGCCGGUGAUUUUACAAGUGUUUGUGGGCAGCGAUACUGGACGCGUGAAGCCUCAUGGAUUUUACCAGGCGUGCAGGGUGACCGGCCGCAACACCACAACCUGCAAGGAGGUUGACAUCGACGGCACAACUGUCAUUGAGGUUUCCCUUGAUCCAAGCACCAACAUGACACUAGCGGUGGACUGUGUCGGGAUCUUGAAGCUACGUAAUGCUGAUGUCGAGGCUCGUAUUGGCGUCGCUGGGUCCAAAAAGAAGAGCACACGCGCUCGCCUGGUGUUUCGGGUCAACAUCCCGCGUUCAGACGGAUCAGUGCUCAUACUCCAGACUCCCUCAUCUCCAAUCUUGUGUACCCAGCCUGCAGGGGUGCCUGAAAUCUUGAAGAAAUCACUGCACAGUUGUUCCGUGAGGGGUGGAGAAGAAGUCUUCAUCAUUGGCAAAAACUUUCUCAAAGACACCAAAGUCAUAUUUCAUGAGAAUGUUUCUGAUGAGAAAUCGUGGAAGGCAGAGGCUGAAAUCGACAUGGAGCUGUUUCACCAGAAUCACUUGAUAGUGAAGGUUCCUCCGUACCAGAAUCAAGCCAUCACCUCAUCAGUGUUUGUGGGAGUCUAUGUGGUGACAAAUGCUGGGAGAUCCCAUGAUGUUCAGCCUUUUACUUACACUCCUGAUGCGGCAAAACAUGAAGUUCCCGUGAAGAAAGAGACGUCGUCUCCAGUGAAGACUUGUAAUUUUGAUGAACAACUUAAAGUUCUAGAUGGUGCUUUGAUGCCCUCUAUGUUGCCUUUAGUGAAAAGAGAAGAUGUCACUCCAAUGGAGGUGACCAGCAACCUCCAAUCUUCUGGAGUAUUUAAGCAGACUGGUGACCUGUGUCUAGCCCAGCAGAACACAGACAUGACUACAGGACAUCUAAAUAAAAACAGACCCUUCUCCAACAACCUGUCUCAGGCCGCAUGUGACCCUGACAAAGGCCAGGCUUCUGUUUUUACCAACACUGAGCCCUUGAGCACCAUCCAGAAGCAGGACAUUGCUGCCACCAGUUCAUUUUCUGUGCCUGCGGACUCCCUGCUCCAGCAAGGCUCACAGCAAUUCCUCCUGGAGCCCAGAGAAGGCCUCGGGCAGGAGAGGCCAGGCAGUGGGUCUGCUGGUGUGACGAGGCUGUGUGGAACACCUACACCCCAACAGCAGCAGUUGCCGCUGUUCCCUCCAGAUGAUGUGGCCAAAGGGUUCUGUAAUUUACCCCUUCAGUCUGACAACCCCCUGGCCAAACAGCAGCAGCAACAAAUCCAGCACCAACAACAGAUCCAAAAACAGCAAAUCCAACACCAACAGCAACAGCAGCAGCAAAUGCAGCAACAACAACUGCAACAGCAGCAGCAGGUGUUGGAGAAUUUACAGCAGCAUUUGUUUCAGUCACAGAUUCAGAUGCAGUGUGGCAUUUUUCAAGAUGCCUCACAGGGCAAGAACGCAGAACAGCAGUGCUCAUCACAAGGGGUGGUGCCAAACACAGGGUCUCUUUUCCAGCAGGCCCAACAGCAGCAACAGCAGCAGCAGCAGCAGCAGCAACAACAACAACAGCAACAACAGCAACAACAGCAACAAGCAGGUCUUUUUCAGCAGGCAAAUGACCUACUUUUAAUUCAGACCAACUUCCUCCAGCAGACACCCUCUCACCCUUCACCACCCAUGUUCCACAAUCCCAGCUCUUUGGCUGAAACACAAGAUCCACAGGGGGCUCUGUUUCAGAAAUCAUCUCAGGAGCAGGUCCAGGCUUCUCUCUUUCAAAACACCAUGACAGUCCUACAGUCUCCAGAGCAACAACCCUCAGCGCCUGGACUUUUCCUCCCCCAAUCCUCCCUACCCAAUCAGCUCGCAACCAGCAAUUCUCAACAACAGCAGCAGCAGCAGCAGCAACAACAACAACAGAAGCAGCAGCAGCAGCAACAGCAACAGCUGGCCUUCCUGAGUGCCUUACAAUCCCCUGCCCCUGAACCACAAUCAGUAUUUCAGGCUCAGACCCAGCUCUCCCCAAUCCAGCAGAGAAGCCCCAUGGAGCAGCAGCAGCAGCCCUCCCAGCCUCAGACCCACACACAGCCGACCCAGCAGGCUUCCUUAUUUCAGAACAUCUCCCCACAUCCACCUUCAAACACGCUAUCUCCAGCCCAGCAGCAGCAACAGCAGACAAACCUACUGUUCUGCAACAACACCCUGUCCACACCAGAUCAGGCCUCCAGCCUCCUGUUCAACAGCCAGGGCCAGAUGCCUCCUUUGACCAGCAGCAGUCUAGUUUCUCAAGAGCCCCAGAACUCCUCUCUGCUCUUUUCCCAAUCUAAUAUGGUGACAGUAAACCAGCAGGACCGCUCUGAGCCCAUGGCUUUGGGGAACCCCACCCAUCCACGACAGCAAGUCAUGUUUCAGGAGCAACAACCCAUGCAGCUGGGCAGUAGCUCAAACAACCGGCAGGAGCAGCCUGUGGGCCUCUUCAUGCCUCAGUCCAACAUGGCCUCUCUGCAGGGGGGACUGGCUCAGGAGCUCACACAGUCGCCCAUGUUUGCCUCACAGAACGGCGUGGCGAGCCUUCAGACGACCACCUCCUCCCCUGUCCAACAGCCAGGAGCGCUCUUUCAAACUGCUGUGAGUGGGACCAUUAAUCAGCCCAGCCAGCCCCAACAACCUGGCCUGUUUCUUUUUGGGAUUCAGAACGGAUGUGGUCAGUUGAUGAACACUCCUGGAAACACGCUGUCCGAUCAGAUAAUAGCCAUCAGCCAGUCUGGUCAGAGCCAAAGAGAGAGUGACGCACGGAUCCAGUCCCUUCUCAGCCAGUCCCUGUCUCAGUCUGGGACUGUGCAGAACAGCAUGUCUGCCCCGCAAAACAUGGAGAAGAUUGAUGACCUGUUGGUCAGCCUUCAGGAGUCAGGCAGCAACUUAACUCGGUCAUAUUAACUUUCACCCUUCAUUUUAUACCGAUGAUAAAGAGAAAAGUUCAAAUGUUGUCUAUUGAAAAUAACACGCAGGUAAACCCUAACCCUAACAUGAAUUAAUUUGAAAGAAACUGAGCAUUAUGUUUUACAUAAUGUUUUUCUAGCCUUCUAAUACAUGAUUUGGUUUAGAACUAAUCAGAACUAAGGAUUCAUUGGGAAAAAAACUGUGAAUGUGACCUAGACAUUGUUGAGUGUCCCUCAUCCAAAACGAUGGCGGAAUAUGUGACAUAUUUGUUAAAGAUCAUAAAGGCAAACUGGAGAAAUUGAAAUCCAGAUACUGAACAGGAAAUUUUUAAGACUGACUCCGCAUUGUUAAAACAUGCAUGAUAAGAUUGAGGAGAGGAGAACUGUGAGAAAAAAUAGUCAUGAGUGUUUUGAAGAUGAUGACUUAUUCAUUUAACUUGUGAAUUUCUUUCCUAUCUAGUAGAUUGUAGUCAUGAGCAGCACCGUCUUUCAGUUCUCGUGGUGUUUUCUAAAGUGUUCUCCAAAGUGUUUAGUGGUUUCCAUGAAUAGUGUUCCCUUUAAUACUUCUUAAUAUUUUUGUUUGAUUGUAUUUUUGGUUUGUUGUCGCUGCAUUGAAGGUGGAGUGUGUGUGGUACGGGCAGGAAGGUUUGGACAGGCUGUGGUAUGAAUGAUUGAGUACAUCAAUAGAUGUCGAAAGUAACCGCUGUUGACGCUUUCUCAACAGUGCAGAAAGGGAAGUGAAAGAAGGUUUAGAGGGCUGGAGAGGAGGCGGGACAUUGAGAAGUAGAAAACUGAAGAAUAUAGGAAUUAAUUGAAACAUUUUCUACGCUUAUCUGAUGCGUAGUCACAGUGGACAGGUGUCUAUCAUAUAUGUGGGCGCUAAAUAUAUGAAAGCAGCUGGCUUGCACCUGGUGAUAUGAUUAAGUUCACUCAAUCUGUCUCUGAUAGCCCUCAAAGUGACUUAUUGAUUAUUGAUAUGAUAUAGAAAGGAAAUAAAGGACUGUAGCAUUUUUUUUGCUAUCUGCAACAAAACCUUGGCUAAACAAAAAUAUAGACUAGUUUGGGCUUGUUAGAAACAGUAAUGCCUACAAAAGAAUAUUUUUCGUCGAGCGAAUUGCUGUCGGUGUGGCAUUGCAGUGGAGAUGGCCACUGCCAGCUAUGAAACAUAUUCAAUAUUAGACACUUUGCUGUCUCCACCAGUGUACACAUAGUGCUUUGUAAUGUAGGUAAGUGAACGUGUUCAGGCUAACAUUUAGUCUGUAUUCAUCGAACUGUGUCAGUUUGCGACUUUUUACACAAAAUAUCCUCCUCUGAAUACAUCACAAAGAGACGACUCUUUUCAGAAAGUGUGGUGGUGGAAAUAAUGGCUGAUCCUUUUUUUUACAUGCAUUAUAUUCAGCAAUUAAAGAUGCUGUGACCACUUGACUCAUCGAGGGUACACUACAGUCCCAAAAGAGGUGGUUUUUCUUUUUUUUUUCUUUUUUCUUUUUUUAGUCGCCUCUUCCUCAUUGUUUACAGUGAAGAAGAUACAUUUCACUCUGUGUUUGCAUGGCAACAUUUAUGUAGUCAAGCAGACCCAAUAAAAAUAUCUCCACUAGCAUUUAAUUUUGAUCCAAUAUCAUUCAAUUAAAUACGACAGUGCAUCUCAUUGCCAGCCAUGUUACAACUACAACUUUUCAUUCCCAAAACCUAGUGCAUUAUUUCUUUGUGAAAAAGAUAAAUGAUGAUCUGGACAAAUGAGAAAAAGUUCUGGUUCAAGAAAUUUUUGUUAGUAUUGUGAUUUCAUUUGACAUAAAACUGUUAUUUAAAAGCAUGCGUCUACAGUAGAGAGAGUAGAAUGUAAUAUAGCAUAUUAAUAUAAUUUUAGUCAUAAGGUUAGGAUCAUUGUUGUGUUUUUGUGUCAUUUUGAUGGCACAGUCUGCGUCCGGCACGCAUGAACUGGAGUAGUAUUCUUAAAUGAGCUAGAAAAGAGCCUUUUUACUAGUUUUAUGAAAGUGAAGUUAGUUUGCUACAACUGUACAUUAUACAUGAUCGUCUGGAUUAAGGUAUUACAUGCAGGAAUAGAGCCCAUUUGACAGGUUUUGUGAGAAAUGCAAACUGUUGAAGUUCUGCAGAUUAAAUGUUCUCCGCUAUAGUCGGCCUCUGGCCUCAGGACCAAAGUUUGACUCCAAUCUUGCUUUGCAUGAAUCCUGAUGAUAGGCCACUUUUAUGGCCCCUGAGCUCUUUUUUCCUACUUGCAGUUAAGUUGGAAUACAGAAAGGCAUACACGGCCUAUUUUUGCUCCUGAAUUUAUAGAUUUCAUUGUAAGGCAUGAUGCGCGGCUGUCACACCUUUCUUUCUGUUUGUUGUGUUGUUUUGGCAAAAUAGUUUGUGUCAUAGCUGUGUCAUAUUUAGAUUGAGUCUACGUGUAUGCAUGAACAAGGGGCUGGUCUCUGAUGAUGACAAAAUUAGCUCAGUUUAAUGCAUUGUUGUCUUGUUUUCUCUGUACAGUUGUUAGAAAUUCAUAAACACAGUUACAUUUUAUACACUUUUCAAUCAGAAACAGUUGUUGUUUUGUGAUGGAGAUUAUGUUAACUUGAUUUGUGAAACUACAGUGGGUCUGUUUGAGCAGUUUGAGUGGUUUUUAAAGGGACCCUACUCCUGAAGGAAACCUGACUUUGGAGAAAAUAGCUAUCUGUGAUUGGCUUUCUUCAACUUGUGAAGUAGAAAAACUUAAGAUUUCCAGUGUUUUAAUAUUUAUGAAUUUAUUUGUUUUUGUUUAUUUUACACUUUUUUUGUAGUACCUGUGCACCUCAUUUUGGAGAAGCAUGUCUAAUUUAUUUGUAUGUCGGAUAUUAUCUAAAUUGUUUCCCGUAAUAAUAGUUCUAACUGUUUUGAUGACAGCAAAGUGUUAAAGCCCAUACACUCUGAAUAAUAUAUAUAUGCAUUCCUGUGCACAGUUGCUCAUGUGUUUGGUCAAGGCUUGUAAUUGGAUCCCUGGCCCUGUUGUCCUCUUUAAUGACAAGGUUAACAGCAGAGGAAAUUGAACCAAACUUCAAGAGUAUUUACUGUCAAAAUAAAUCAAUAAGAAAUCAUUUAAAAUAAGACCAACUAUUUUCAGUAUUUUUACUGGGAAUAUAGUACUGAUUGUUAUUAUACAGCACGGCUGUACACGCCUCACUUAGAUCCAGAAUGUUCUUUUAUACAUAUACUCGGGAGGUGAUUACUUUUUUGUAAUUACAUUUUCCUUGUUUGUUUAUUUACAAUGUAACUGUAGAUCAGAGAAAUAUGAGUAUUACUACAAACUAACUUUCUCCGUUUCCUGCAAUAGAACAAGAUUUGGCUUGCUUUUAAUUUUAACGGAUAAUUGAAUUAUCAAUAAACUGAGUUUGCCAUCAUCAGUUAUUGAGACUUUUUCUUUUCCUAAAAUGUCACUUUAGACACUAAUAUAAGCUCUACAUGUGCCUUGAGGAGGUGGCGUGGUAUCGACCAGAUGUUUUACCAUUGUUGUCUGUUUAACAUCCCACUGGCCCCACCGGUGAUGACUAGUCCUCAUUAACUAGAAUGUUUUAAGCCAUAAGACUUUAAGUGUGCUUUACAUGCUCAACAACCGUGACCAUGCAGAUGAGUGUGGUUGUGGUUGAUAAAUGUGUUUUGCAUUUUCUGUCGUGCAUCUUACUUGUUUGUAUUGAAAUAUCCAUUGCAUUUAUGUUUUACAACAUAGAUGCAGACAAAUUUUCUCUGAAACUGCUAUGCAGCUAAUAUACUGUAAAUGUAGAUCUGUUAGUUUUUGAAUAUAUAUUUUUCUAUAUAGCCUCUCCUGAGAAACCAAAAUAGAUGUUCUGUCUAUUAUUUAUGAUGCUUGUUGAAAUAUUUCCUGAUGCUUUACGUGCCGCCUAAAUCUGAUUCAAAAUAUUUUAGUGAGUUAAAAUGCAAAUUUCUCUCCUCAGCAAAAAUCUCAGACAUAGUUUUAUUUUAUUUUUUGUAAUUCAAGGGUCAAAAUUUUGUUUCUUCUUUUUUUUUAAAUUACAUUAUUGCUUGCAGAGUUUAUGUGUUGGUUUGUGUUGUGUCCAGGCUUACUGUUUAUUGGUGUAGUGGUUGCUCGUCUAUAUGAUUUAUCUCAGGGCCUCUGAGUUACCAGAAUGUCAUUUGAUUGUCAUAUAUUUUGUUCUUAUUCAGACAAAUAACGUCAAUGCAUACUAGUUUGGUUUGUCUUGUGAUUUAAAAGUAUACAAUCUGCAAAACAUCAAUAUUUUAUGUAAUUUAAUCUAAAUUUGUUCCAGUCUGAUGUUAUCAAUUUCCCAAAAACAUGUGCCUGUUCCACACCUCAGUCACAUCUCUGAAGUCUCUUCACUCUUGACACAAGAGAACCACUAUACUAGUAAACAGAUUAUAUCAGUCUUGGAAAUAGUGAGGGGGGAAUUUAGCCUUUUUGUGUCUAACAAUGUAAAAAAUUGUCAAACAAUCACCCUGGGUAGAAAAAAACAACCCUAUAUAUAAAAUUCUAAAUAUUUGGCUUUUGUUGGGACUCUUUUUUUUCGCAAAUAUUUUUUUCGCAAAUAUUUUUUGUUUACUUGCUGCUAUCUAUAUUAAACAUAUAUAUGUUAAAUGUUAA